CCGGAGCCCGUCAGCAUGCGGCUCCUGUUGAGCGUUCUGUACCCCGUCCUCUCCCUCACAGUCUUCGGAUUAUAUCCCUCCAUGACUAUCGGUCCAAAGGAGGGCUGGCAAGUGUACAGCUCGGCCCAAGAUGCUGACGGGCGCUGUAUCUGCACAGUGGUGGCACCAGAACAGAAUCUGUGCUCCAGAGAUGCCAAGAGCAGACAGCUUCGCCAGCUAUUAGAGAAGGUGCAGAAUAUGUCUCAGUCCAUUGAGGUGCUGAACCUGCGGACUCAGAGGGAUUUCCAAUAUGUCAUGAAGAUGGAGAACCAGAUGAAGGGCCUGAGGACCAAGUUCAGACAGAUUGAGGACGACAGGAAAUCCAUCAUAGCCAGGAACUUUCAGGAGCUUAAGGACAAGAUGGACGAGUUGAAGCCUUUGAUCCCCGUGCUGGAGCAGUACAAGAUGGAUGCUGCGCUCAUCUCCCAGUUCAAGGAGGAGAUCAGGAACCUGUCGGCCGUGCUGACAGGCAUCCAGGAGGAGCUCGGGGCCUAUGACUAUGACGAACUUUAUCAGCGAGUCCUGCGAUUGGACAGCAGGCUCCGCAGCUGCAUGGGCAAACUAACAUGUGGGAAAUUAAUGAAAAUCACUGGACCUGUUACAAUGAAGACAUCUGGAACCCGGUUUGGGGCAUGGAUGACUGAUCCUCUAGCAUCGACCAGAAACAACAGGGUCUGGUACAUGGACAGUUUCACAAACAGCAAGAUUGUGCGUGAGUAUAAGACAAUGGAGGACUUUGUAGCGGGUGUCGUUUCUCGAACCUACAGCCUCCCAUUCAAAUGGGAAGGAACCAAUCACAUGGUGUACAACGGAUCGCUUUACUACAACAAGUACCAGAGCAACAUUAUUGUCAAGUACAGCUUCGAGACAGGAAACGUGCUGGCCCAGCGAGCUCUGGAGUUCGCCGGCUUCCACAACAUGUACCCAUACACGUGGGGUGGGUACUCAGACAUUGAUGUCAUGGCGGAUGAACUGGGAAUGUGGGUCGUGUAUGCGACCAAUCAGAACGCGGGAAAUGUCGUUGUCUCUCAGAUCGACCCUGAUACCCUGCAGGUCCUGAAGACUUGGAACACGGAGUACUCCAAAAGAAACGCGGGGGAGUCAUUCAUGAUCUGUGGGACACUGUAUAUCACCAACUCCCACCUGUCAGGAGCGAAGGUUUACUACGCCUACUCUACCAAGACUUCAACGUACGAGUACAUAGACAUUCCCUUCCACAACCAGUACUUUCAUAUCUCUAUGCUUGACUACAACCCCAGAGAGAGAGCACUGUACGCCUGGAAUAACGGACACCAGGUUAUAUUUAAUGUCACCCUCUUUCAUGUCAUAAAAACUGACGAUGACUCAUAGACAUUGCUUUAUGGCUAAAACACCACCAUGUGUGAUACAAGGAUCUCCAUUUUCAUGUUUUCUUUUGUCAAACUGGACUAUGGUAUCGUCAUUACUUGAACUUUUCUAAUUUGUGGCUCUGGAUUCUUGGCUGAAUUGAGCAUGGACACCAACGACUUAAUACCAUUCUGGAAAACACACUUCUCCAUUGCUGCUGCUCAGACUGGUAUGCCUUAUUUGCUGUGUGGGUCUGCCAGCCAAAGACUCUUGAUGGCUUUUGCAUGUUCAUUUUAUCUGCAGUGAUUUCCUGUAGUAUAGAUGUGUUUUCAUUGCAGAUCUGUUUUGAAUUUAGUCUAUUUAAAAGUAUUUAAACCUCAAAGGCAUUUGCUACCAUGUAAAGUUAGUUGAUUAUAAGAUGUAGUAUGCAGUCUUUUAAAAUCUGUCAAAUAUCGCUGUUAUGUAUGUCUCUGUGGAAGAAAAAAAUUUGUAUUUUUUAUAAAACUAAACCAUAGAA